CUUGCUCCAGACACGCUGUCUAAGAAGCCAUUUGCCCUAGGUCUCGUGCUCCUCAUUCUAUCUUCCACCUGAGGUGCCCAUCGUUCGGACCACCUUUCCUCCUGCUCGCUAACAUCGAUUUGCUCCACUCAAAAUGCCUGUGCCGGCCAGCAGACUAACAUCUAUCCUUCAUCGUACUCCCUGGAUACCCCCUGUCGCCGUCAGCGGCGAGGGCAUCUAUGUCACUCUGGAUGACGGCCGCCGCGUUAUCGAUGGCGUUGGUGGUGCAGCUGUUGCAUGUCUUGGAACGAGUCACCCGAAGGUCGUCCAAGCAGUCAAGGACCAGGUCGAUACGCUGCCUUAUAUCUACAAUAUGCAGCUGUCCAAUCAGCCGGCCGAGGAACUUGCCCAGAACCUCAUAGCGAGUAGCAAUGGGGUUUUCGAGCUGGUCUCGUUUGCAUCUGGAGGAUCGGAGGCUAUGGAAGGUGUGAUCAAACUUGGCCGACAGUUCUUCUUUGAGACUGGUCAGCCGCAGCGUACGAACUACAUUGCGAGGCAUCUGUCAUUCCACGGAAAUACGCUGUCUACCGUUGCGCUUGCCUAUCAUCCAUCGCGCCGCCUUCCUUAUGCUGGUAUCGUGGACAACGAACACUUUCACCAUGUCUCGCCUGCGUAUGCUGCACGUUUUCAGAGGCAAGGCGAGACUGAGGAACAGUAUGUUGAACGCUUGAGGCAGGAGCUCGAGGACAAGUUUAUUGAGCUCGGGCCGGAUACCGUCAUUGGAUUCGUUGCGGAAACUGUCGUUGGUGCUACCACCGGCGUUGUCCCUGCUCCGAAGGGCUAUUUCAAGGCCAUGAAGGCGGUCUGCAAUAAGUAUGGUGCACUUUUCAUUCUGGAUGAAGUUAUGUCCGGUAUGGGGCGCAUGGGUACUUUGCACGCAUGGCAAAGCUUCGGUGACGGUGCCGAGCCGGAUAUUCAAGCCGUGGCAAAGGGUCUCGGCGGAGGGUACGCGUCGAUAGGGGCCGUUUUGAUGUCAAAGAAAAUUGCCACUGGCAUUCGUGGUGCUUCUGGCUUGUCGAAGCAUGGUCACACCUACCAGGCAAACCCUCUAGCAUGUGCCGCCAGUUUGGCGGUGCAGAAGGCGAUCACCGAGGAAAACUUGCUCGACAACAUCACUAAGCAGGGCAAACUCAUGGGAGAGCUCCUGCACGAGCAUCUUCAAUCACCGAAUGCACUUGCUGCUCCAUACACGUUCGACGUACGUGGUGGCGGUGGGUUCUGGGGGAUUGAGUUUGACUUUGAGGGUCCUGGUGGCGAGCGGGUUGACCUCAAGGGCAAACAGUUCGCCAUGGACGUGCAAGCGAAAAGCCUUGAGAACGGCUUGAUCAUCAUGGCCUUCGCGGGUGGUGCCAACCUGGAGGGCACGAAGGGAGAUCACUGCAUAUUGUCUCCAGCAUACAACGUGACAUCGGACGAAGUAAAGCGGAUUGUGGAACUGUUUGUGAAGAGUGUCGAGGACGUCCUGAGGGAGUCGUUCAUCUCGUAACAAAUGAAAAGUGUGAUGGUUGUUGUACUUUUAGCAAAGUAGUAUUGUUGUACUAUUGUAGGAUGUCAAUUGUCGCGCACGUACUGA